AAUAAACAGUAAUACGACACCUGCUCACCAGAUUUACCUGCUGGGCGUCAACAUACCCGGGAAAGUAGCUGUAUGAGGAUAAGCUAAAAACAAGCAGAAUCUCCGGCCACUCGCUCCAGCAGUCAAGUCAACACAGCUACCUCCGCUGUACUUCUUUCCACUCGCACUCCGCACCGUUUCUGCUUUUACUAGUAUUUCUCGUUUUACUUGCUCAAAAGUCUAAGCAAGACUCAUCACUGCCAGCCCCGCAUGAUAAAACCAUUAAUCAUCGAACCCAUUCGUGUAACAGAGAAGAAAGGCCUCCUGAAACUGGCAAAGUUUCCGGCUAUAACUGGCCCUUUUUAAGUGAGGAUCGCGUGUACGAUCAUUGGCCUCAUAGGUGACUGAACACAAGCCAAGAAUGGCUAACAAGUUGAUGCUGCUGAUUUUUGUUGUGGGUUUUGCUUUGUGCGUGGAAUCAAAGUAUAUGGUCUACAAUACCAGUGCCAAAAUUGUGCCUGACAAGCUUAAUGUUCAUUUAGUUCCUCAUUCUCAUGAUGAUGUUGGAUGGCUCAAAACUGUUGAUCAGUACUAUGUUGGUUCCAAUAAUUCAAUACAGGGUGCUUGCGUGCAAAAUGUGCUGGAUUCUCUCAUUCCGGCAUUACUGGCGGAUGAGAAUCGAAAAUUCAUUUAUGUUGAACAGGCCUUCUUCCAGAGAUGGUGGAGGGAUCAGAGUCCUGCAACGCAGAAGAUAGUCAGGCAACUAGUCGAUGCCGGCCAACUAGAGUUCAUAAAUGGGGGCUGGUGUAUGCAUGAUGAGGCAGCAACUCAUUACAUUGACAUGAUAGAUCAGACAACAUUAGGUCACAGAUACAUCAAGGAGCAGUUCAAUGUGACUCCAAGAAUUGGUUGGCAGAUUGAUCCAUUUGGACAUUCUGCUGUUCAGGCCUACCUUUUGGGGGCAGAGCUUGGAUUUGACUCUUUUUUCUUUGGACGCAUUGACUAUCAAGACAGAGCAAAACGGAAAGCUGAGAAGGCUCUUGAAGUUGUCUGGCAGGGUUCUAAGAGUUUGGGUUCUUCAGCACAGAUAUUUGCUGGUGCUUUCCCAGAGAAUUAUGAACCCCCAAGUGGUUUUUACUUUGAAGUAAAUGAUGAUUCUGAUAUCGUGCAGGAUGAUAUGAAUUUGUUUGAUUACAAUGUUCAAGAUCGUGUGAAUGAUUUUGUUGCUGCUGCUUUUUCACAGGCUAAUAUUACUCGAACAAAUCAUGUCAUGUGGACCAUGGGAACAGAUUUCAAGUAUCAGUAUGCUCGGACAUGGUUUCGGAACAUGGACAAGCUCAUUCAUUAUGUGAAUGAAGAUGGCCGCGUCAAUGCAUUAUAUUCAACACCAUCAAUUUAUACUGAGGCAAAAUAUGCUUCUAAGGAGUCCUGGCCUCUUAAAACUGAUGAUUAUUUCCCAUAUGCAGACCGCAUUAAUGCUUAUUGGACUGGAUAUUUUACCAGCAGACCUGCAAUUAAACACUAUGUUAGAAUCUUGAGUGGGUACUAUUUGGCAGCUAGGCAACUCGAAUCCUACAAGCUUCAGAUGUCAAUUGGAGUGAAAAUGGAGAAUAAUGGGAUUUUUAAGUAUGGUUGCAAAACUAGGGCAUCCAUAGUAUACUAUUACCUUGAGCCGGAUAAAGAUAUGUUGACCGGAUUACAAGAGUUGUCUACUGAUAGUCAUGUGCAUAUCAGUUUAAGAAAGCCUUCUUUGGCAUUGAUCCCUAGUACAAGGCGUUGCAAUGCUGUCUUCAUGGACACAGAAGAAACCGGGGGAUCAAAAGGGCCUGAUACUGGUAUUGGUAACAAAGAAACAGCUAGUGUUGGUGAGAAUGGAGAGGGGUCCAUUGAAAGUGAUCCAGAAUCAGAGUCAGACUGUGAAGAGGACAGAUUUAGUAGUGCAAAUGAAUACUGUGGUGAUGAGCAGCUGGUCAACAACAUGUUCGAUGAUAGUGGGCUCAAUAGUAAUAGGGAAAUGCUACUGCAAAUGGAAAUUAGACUCACGAGCAGCAGCAGUUAG